GAUGGUGAGACGGAGGUCCGGUAGUGGCGCUGCGCGACGUUGAGUGGAGACGAGAUGAGAACGUGAUGCACCAUGACCCGCCGAGGACCCUGCAGGAGUUUCGCCAUCAGCAUCAUACAGAUCAUCACUAUUAUAUGCCAAGUGUUGACGGAGGAGCCUCGGUUUGCGGAGCCCAUCCCCAACGUGACGGUGGCACUCGGCAGAGAUGCCAGCCUGCCGUGCGUCGUCGAACACCUCGGUACUUAUAAGGUGGCAUGGAUCCACAUCGACCGUCAGAUGAUCCUGACCAUCCACCGGCAUGUUAUCACAAGGCUGGCGCGGUUCAGCGUGUCCCAUGAUAACGCCAUGACCUGGCUGCUGCACGUCAGCCAGGUGCAGCAGGAGAUCGAGGUACCGCCAAAUAUUCUGGAUGAAGAGAGCACGCAGUCUGCAGUAGCAGUGCGAGAGAACCAGAACAUCAGCCUGGUGUGUAAGGCUGAUGGGUUCCCUACACCCAAGAUAAUGUGGCGUCGAGAAGAUGGACAACCUAUCUCAGUGGACCGGAGGAAGAAAGUUUCCCCAAUGAUCUGGGUGCCGAACCAGCUGGUGGGAGCUCCAGCCGGCACUGACGUCACAGUGGACUGCCACACGGAGGCGCACCCGCGCGCCAUCUCUUAUUGGGUGUACGACAACGUCAUGGUGCUGCCCACCAAGAAGUACGCCAUCAAUACUGAGGAGAACUCAUACAGAGCCCACAUGAAGCUGACAGUCCGCAAUCUACAAACGGGGGACUUUGGCAACUAUAGGUGCAUCUCUAAAAAUUCCCUCGGGGAGACCGAGGGCUCAAUCCGUCUGUACGAAAUCCCAAUGCCGUCGACGUCGCCGAAGGCUACGGAAAUGAAAAGCAAUGCCAACAAAGAGAGCGUGAGACGCGUGAACGUGAGCCGGUCCGUGGCGCGUGCUGAGCCAGGCACGGAGCGGCCGAGCGUGGUGCGCGCGCAGCUCGACCGCGCGCCCGACCGCGACGCCGCGCACCACGUCUACCGCCCGCCUCACCCGCAGCACGUCUCAGGAUCGAGACGAAUCCACUGUUGGCGGCAAUCGUUCCUGGCGAUCAUUGUAUUAGUACAAGUGGACCUCAUCGUGUAAUUAUAUUAUUAUUACAUUCAUUGUACUUUCAUUUUGUUACACCUCUUCAUUUGAUUACACCUAGAAUUUAUGACAACACAUUCAUUUCUUGUUUGUAAAGUUUUAGAUUCGUCUUCCUGUGAAUGUGAUCGAUGUUUAAUUUUAAUGUUAUUUAAUGUAAAAUUGAAACAUAUCAUCCCGAAAUUGUGACGUCAUAUCCCGAACGAAGAAUGUAUGUGAGUGAUCAUUUUAUACAAAUACGAACGAUGUUUGGUUCAAAUACCAGUGUAAGGUGUAGAUGUAAGGUUCCAUCUUAUUUUUACAUACUAUACAUAUUUAAUACUAAUCUGGAAAUCGUAACAAACCUUAAAUCAUCUCUUGUUACAUUUCUGAAAGUUAAGCAUACAGCCUAUUUGCUCAUUAAAAUGUAAAUCAAAAAAUGGUGAACGUUCGAAACAGCUGAGUUGACUGUGCUGGCUUCUGGCUGUUUGUUUCCGCAGAGAAUUUGAAAUAAUCUGCAAAACGUUCGUGAUUCAAUGGAAUACUAUUUGAGAUUCCUCCAUCAGUGCACACGGGUUUCCACAAUAGCUCGAUGUAAUUAUUCAUGAACCUCGUUAACCUACUCGGUAUUUCCUACUCCCAUUUCCAUUUUAAAUUAUACAUUACGUAUUAUACGUGCAUUGUCCUUCCGCAGACGACUAGUCUGCCGGCACACGAAUAUUUGUGAUUCAGUGCUUUGCGUAGAAUAAUCCUCAUGAAAUUGUGCCAAAGAUAAGAUCUUCAAAGUUAUUUAUACUAUACACAAUAUUCCUUUCAGAAACUUAAUGUAGGUUCCAACUCCCUCUUGUGUUAUCUCACUAAUAAAUAAACUUUAUGUACAUCUUGUGAUUUGUUUAAAUAGUAUAUCCAAGCUUGCUAUUCACGCUUGUCAAAUUGUAAAUAUAAAUUUAAUGCACAGUAAAUAAAAAUAACGAAAAUUUUAAACGUAAUAUAUCUUCGUAUCUGAAUAUUAUUUGUUAAUUCGACCUAAUAUAGAUAUAUUAAAAUAUGUUAAUGUAUAAAUUAUAAAUAUCUUUUAUUAAAAAUAAGAGAUAUAUCACUAGUUUAUAUGUAUACCCUUAUUGUACAGUUUGUGUGAUUUUGAAAAUGUAAAUAAAUGCAUUAUAAUAAAAUUAGUAUUAAAAGGAGAAGAUUUUUACUGAAACCAGUCUGAAAAGUUCCUUAUAUACAAGUCGUAUUUUGAAAGGAGGGAGCUAUGGAGCCGGCGUGUGGGAGCAAUGGAGCGGCUGCAGCGGCCUAUUAUACGGAGACACGUGAUAGCGAUAAACGUUUGAAAUAAUUAAAAGUGCGCGCCGUCCGCCGCCGGGUCGCGCUCAGACAAUCUUAUCGCCGCUCUCACUCACUGACAGACGUUAUCGCCAUCCGAGAAUCUAUGGCUCGCUUUAAUUGAUUCCCUACUUUCAAUAGCUCUGCAAUCGGCUCUUUGUCUUUUUCUAAUCGAAAUUCAGCCAAAG